AUGCUCGACGCGUCGGGCGACGCCAAGCUCGGCGACUUCGGGCUGGCGAGGCUCGUCGACCACGGCGCCGAGCCGCGGACGACGCAGGUGGUGGCGGGCACCGUCGGGUACAUCGACCCGGAGCUCGUCAACGGCCGCAGGCCGAGCGCCGAGUCCGACGUGUACAGCUUCGGCGUCGUGCUCCUGGAGAUCGCCUGCGGCAGGCGGCCGACGUCGAGGGGGCCGGGUCAGGCCUCGGCGGCGCUGCUGGCGUCGGUGCGGGAGAUGUACCGCCGGAACCAGAUCCUUGACGCGGCAGACAGGAGGCUGGGCGGCGGGUUCGACAGGCCGCAGAUGGAGCGUCUGCUCGUGACGGGGCUUUGGUGCGCGCACCACGAUCCGAUGCAGCGGCCGUCGGUGACGCAGGCUGUCGAUGUGCUACGAUCUGAGGACACGAAGCUGCCGGUGCUUGAAGCGGUGCGCGGUUCUGGGGAGGGCGAGAUUCACUCCUUGGAGGGACAUGCUUAUGGUGAUCUGCCCGCCGAGGACUCUUCUCGUUUGCAUGAAACUGCGUACCCUACUUCUUCCGAGGACUGA